ACUAGAUAUUGUUAUAAUGUUCUAAGUAGUGGAGUUUGUGUAGUGAUUCCGAGGAGGAACACUUAUUUCCAUCACCUUUUUACUCUGUAAAGCUAAAAACCCAAUCUUGAUUUCAUCCCAGCGAGCUUCUACUCAUCGUCUGGGUUCUUUCAUGUGUUCUGUCCAAUGGAAUAUGUUGAAAUCUUUUUCAUUUUCUUCUGCUAGCUCUCGUGCUGGAGGAUAGCCAUUCGUAAUGUGAGCCUCCACUGAUCAUAAAUAUUUAUAUUCCAAACAAGGAGAUUAGCAAAGGAAAUUGGAAAAUAAAAUAGAGGAAGGAUAAUGGAUCACCAAUCUGGUCAGGGAUUUGACUCAGAUGGUAGUGACCUUGAUGUGCUUGCAGAAAUCAAUGACAAACAUGAGAAAAUAGAAGAUGAAUUUUCAAACAAUUUUGAAUCAUGUACAGGUGAAGAUGAAAAGUUUGUUGAACAACCUGUAGAAGAUUCAGACACAUUAGAGCCAUUCAUUGGCAUGCAGUUCAACUCAAGGGAGGAAGCCAGAGAAUUCUACCAUGCCUAUGGUAGGCGGAUAGGAUUUACAGUACGAAUACACCAUAACCGCCGUUCGCGAGUAAAUAACCAGGUUAUUGGCCAAGCUUUUGUCUGCUCAAAAGAAGGCUUUCGUGCAAAGAAGUAUGUGCACAGAAAAGAUAGAGUGCUCCCUCCUCCGCCAGCCACCCGAGAAGGAUGUCAGGCCAUGAUAAGGCUGGCUUUACGGGAUGGAGGGAAGUGGGUUGUCACCAAAUUUGUGAAGGGGCAUACGCAUAAACUGAUGAGUCCUAGUGAAGUUCCAUGGCGAGGAUCUGGGAAGCACUUGGUUAGUGAGGAUGAGAAAGAUAGGAGAAUCCGUGAGCUAUCGCUUGAGUUGUACAAUGAAAGGCAAAAAUGCAAACGACGGUGUGCAGCAUAUGAAGAACAGUUAAAUAUGAUUCUGAACGAUUUGGAAAAGCACACAGAACACAUCUCUAAAAAAGUUGCUGAUGUAGUCAGAAGCAUAAGAGAGAUCGAGGAAGAAAAAUCAGAUUCAGAUGGCAGGUAACUGAUGCCAAUAUAGCACGUUUCAUUCUGGACAGACAUCCUGGGAAGAUUGUCAAUCGUAUUUGCAAUUUGAAGUUUUCAGAUAUAAUUAUAUCAACAUUUGGCUUGAAGUUGUGCAGUGGUCACAUUAAAAUUUCAGGCAGCAUAUUAUAGUUUACUGGGAAAUUAAUUUUCUGGUGUGUAUCAUGCAGGGGAUUAGGUGCUUAAAGUUUAACUUUACAUGUUGUUCUUGUUUAAAAGUGUUUCCCUUGUGCGUGCCACAGACAGCCACUCCAUUCUUACAUUAAUUGGAGUCAAAUCAUUCCAUCCCCACAUUUUGAUUUAUUAUUAUCAAUACAGCGAACAUUUACCUUUUCCAAUUUGAUUGGAAAUGUGGAAUGAGACUAUGGUUGAUAAAUUGAUACCUGUUGGCUGUUAUCACAAGGACUUUAGUCUCUGCUUACAUUUUGUAUGAUUGCUAUACUAUUAUAGCAGUCAUUUACCCUUUUAUAAUGGAAGAAAAAGUUUCCUUCUAUA